GGCCUACGUGCAAUUUGGAAUAGAGAGCACUAGCUGGUACACAUGUACAUGUAUAACUCAUCGGUCACCGAUGCUUGACCACGCCGAAUGUGUGGAAGACCCAACACAUUUUGUUCAAUUGCAGGAGCAUCGGAAGACCAUGGCAGGCUUCAAUUACUGCACUCGUAAUCUUGCCUGGUGGUUUCUGCUGUUAAUGCUGGGUCUACUAGUCAAGUCAUCGGCAUCAGAACAGUACAUGGCGGAACUGUGUGGUCGUACGAUUCAUGCCGAGAGCAGUGGUGGUGUCCUGCACUCCCAGCGCGGGCCACAUUACCGGAAUAACGUCGACUGCACGGUGACCAUUACAGCCGACCCAGGCCGAAAAAUCCUGCUCACUUUCUUGUUCCUGGAAACCGAGGGGAUAGCGCCCAAUUGUCGUUCGGAUUAUCUUCAAAUUUGGGAUCAUCAUGAUGGGGAUGACCAGCCGGCGCCUGAUCUAGCGAGUCUCUGUGAUCGUUUCACGGGGAACGUUGUGUCGAAGACGAAUGCUGUCUCUCUGUGGUUUGAGACUGAUGGUAGUGUGACGUAUCGAGGGUUUAAACUGGCUUACACAUCCUUUAAGAAAGCUGAAAAUGGUUCUUGUGAUCUGGGAGAGUUUCUUUGCGACAACUCCCGAUGCAUAGAUUCCAGUCUCAAAGAUGAUAAUUUCAACCACUGUGGUGACUACAGCGACGAACGUCAUACUUUCAAGGCCAUGGAUCAACUGUGUGGCCAGACCAUCACUGCGGGAAAGAACGCUGGUUUACUGCACUCACAAGCCGCCGAGCGGUACUCCAACAACUUGGACUGUACAGUGGCCAUCCAGGCUGAUUAUGACCGAACGCUCCUGCUCCGAUUUGAGUAUCUAGACAUCGAGGGGGACGGAGACGGGAGUGGUUGUCUUCAUCGCGACGUCUUGAUGGUCUAUGACGGGGUGUCAGCUGGAACUGGAAAUAGAACGUUGCUGUGCGGCACUCGGGCGGCUGAUAUCGCGACUAGCGGACGUGUGGCGACGCUCAGAUUUAAAACCGAUUCCUCUGUUGCGUAUCGUGGAUUUGUCAUCUUGUACACAUCAAUUAGGACUCCCGGAGCUAGUGAUUGUUACUGGACUGAAUUCAGGUGCACCAACAACCGCUGCAUCAAUGCAAACCUCACGUUCAAUUCCUUCGACAACUGCGGCGACAAUAGCGACGAGCAACAUUUCUUCACUGUUGGUGGAGGGGACGAUUCAAUCAUUACUACUCACUCUGACACAGCCUUCAUAGUGGCUGCAUGGGUCAUCGUUGUCAUAGUCAUCGGUUGCAUUGUGGGACUGGUGCUCAUCGUCCUUUGCUGUGCUUUCAUCUGCUACUUGGCCUGUAGGAGCAGCAACCGACCCGCACAGCAGCAAGCGUCGUACACCGCUAUACCAGCGCCCCCACAGCAAGUUGGGGCACCGUCAACGGAUUACAAUCAGCAACCACCCAUGGCCAUGCACACUACGGGUCCUCCUGCAAAUCCUCAGCCCGACGGACAAGCAGCAACCUACCCGCAACUGCAUCCCGAGCCCAGCGAACAAGCGCCACCACCGUACGAAAUCAAGUCUUAAACACUGCGUCAUUUAAAAAAAAAGGACGAAUGAUAAUCACAAUUUGAAAAGGGGGAAAACCAAACAGUCAAUGUAGCAAGAGGGCGCUCUUUUACGUGUUAACACUAUCUAAGCUUCUAUGGACCAUGCCCUGUGACAUCAUGCCGUUAUGCCCUGUGAUGUCAUGCAUACUUUUGCAUGUUAUUUGACCCAUAAACAGUUUAUUAUGUCAAAAUUUUGUAACCUUUCAUGUUUCAAGAGAUAUAAAUGCAGUGCAGAAGAGACCGUUUGUUGAAAGAUGAAAUCACGUGACCACAACAUCCACUUUUGUAAACGUCACAUUACAUGGUCUAUAGUCAACUGUAAAUAGUAGGUCUCAUUAUCCUAAUAUUAAUGAAAACAAUUACUUUUUUUCAAUAAAAUGUAAAUGUUUAGGAGAGAAAACAAACACCAAAAAUCGCAGUGGUCAUUUUAGCCACCCUUGUGCGACAGAAAGUUGUGAUUAUUAAUUUGUAUCUGUUGGGUGUAGAAUGUUUUCUAGAAGUUCUCAAAAAUACGAGUCAUCAUAAUAUCCUACGUGACACUUUGAAGUUAACUCAAAGCAAACAUGAAUUUGAUAUAGGCCUUAUUAUUAUAUCAUUCGAUGUAAAGAUCUUAAAAUACUGUAUAGGCCUAAUGGCCACCAAUUAUAAAGGAAUUAUAUCUUUUAAAAAAUACAUCUUUUAUGUGUGUUUGUUUAGAAUUUAUAAGAAAAUGAGUACUUAGGAUUUGACUUUUGGACCGGUAAUUAAAUGCACUACUUUAAUGUUCUUUCCGUUGCCUUGACCGAGACAGUCAUGUAAAGUUUUUUGUGUGAACCAUUUGGCGGAUAACAACAUCAGGGAUUUAAAUACCGUGAUCCCUUGAACAUUAUAUGUAUGGUGCAGAUCACGUGCUCGGUGAUGAUGAACAUUAUAUGACAAAACGACAUGACACAUAAGCAGAUCACCGUGAUAAUAAUAUCGAUCGUGAAUUUAUGUAGUUAAAAAUACAGAAAGUGUAAAUUAUGAAUUCAUUUUUGUACUCAACUGUA